UUUCAGUGUCCAUGCACUGCCGUCUAUUGGCACGUAUACCUCCCUAACAUGGCCGCUAUGUAGGCACGUCAGUUAACCGGGUGGCUACAGCGUGCUGGCGUAUCUAGUGUUCUUUUCUAUGAUGUAUGCUACUCAUUAGCUACUCCAACGAUGACAGGGAGAUUGUCGUUGUAACGACCAAAUAGAUGUCUUAUUACUACGUACAUUUACCCAUGUUAGUGUUUUUCUGGUGUUCAAGUCGUAUCCCAAAUAUAAAAGCUUGGAUUUAAAAUAAUGUAUUUUUACUGCGGUGGAGAUCGCCUUUUGGACUCUGUCGCUCUCCGUUGUCCCGGAAGUGUCUUGUGUUUUACUCAUACGCAUGCGCAAUUAUUCCAGAACGUGCGUUAUGUUUUGGUAACGGCGCACUCAGUGUAUGUUUAGCUUGCAUAUCCACGGGCUCUCAGUCUCUUUGGCUUAAAGUACCGCUACAAAAUGUCGGGCGGGACCCAGUUGGAAAACGCCAACCCGGUCAUAUUCGAGCGGUCCGGCGAGAGGUUGCUGACGGCCGCCGACGAGGACGAAGACGUCCACGACCCCAUCGACGACAGGGAAAUCUUUGAUCUGAUCAGAUCAAUCAAUGAUCCCGAACAUCCGCUCUCUCUGGAGGAGCUCAACGUGGUGGAGCAAUUCAGAGUCAAAGUGAACGACACCGACAGCAACGUGGACGUGGAGUUCACGCCCACCAUCCCCCACUGCAGCAUGGCCACGCUCAUCGGCCUGUCAAUCAAAGUCAAGCUGCUGCGCUCGCUGCCCGACCGAUUCAAGUUGACCUCAAAAUUCUGGAAAACCCUUCUACCUACGUAUAAUGCAUUUUUACAAUGCAUGAUUUUGCUUCUACCCAUAUCAAAACAUGAAGUAUGAUCUGUAUUUUGUUGUUUUUUUUCUUCCAAUAAUUAUUCUGAAGUUAAGCACUUUAUUUGAACAGGUAAUCAUUUUUUGUUUAUUUACUUGCUCUUAUUUUGAAAUUCACAGCCCUACUUUUAUUUAGUAUAUGCGAAAACACACAUUUGUGCUCAUAUGUAGGAUUAACCAGGCAGCAUUUGUAAGAUGGGUACAAUUCUUUUAAGAAAGCGUGUAGGACUAGGUGAAACGCAUUUAAUUUUAUUUUAAUGGGAUUCAAAUUAAGCGGUCAAGCAUUUCAGAAAAGCUUUAUCAUCAAACAAAACAUAACCAUAAAGAAAUUAAUGAUGGUUGUUGUUCAGUCAUAUUUAUAAAAAAACAAAAAAACAAAAAAUCACAAAUUCUGCCAGGGUAUGUAAACGUGCACAACUGUACAUAUAUGCAGUCAUAUGUACCCCUGUCAUAUUGGAAUGAAAGUGUAGGGUACACCUUUUUACACCUCAAGGUGCUGGUGGCAAAUUAGAAUGAAAGUGUACACCUUUCUCAUAACCUGUAGCUGGUAGUGGCAUUUUGGAAUGAAAGUGUACAGCUUUUUUAUAGCCACUAAAUGGCGGCAUACAUUUAUAAAAUGUGCAGGUUUUUCCCUUUUGCCCCUGUACCUAUGUAUAAUGUGCACUCUUGACUUUUGACAUUUAUUGGGGGCAAAAAAAUGUGCAUUAUACACGAGAAAUUACGGUAUAUUGUCAC